UGGGAAAUUUUCACCAACCAACAUGGCGGACCCGUUCGAUGACGGAUUGUUCAGCGUGUUUGACGAUGAACAGCAAGGUUCUGCCAGCAAAAAGAUUCCCGGGAGCAUCUCCACAGAAACAGGGAAAGCUGCAGGUAAAGUCGGUAGUGACAAAGAUGCAGGUCCAUCUCCUCGGAUCAAGAGGGAGGCAGACUGUGACGGAGGAGAGGACGUGGUGUUUGGGAAGAGACCUCGACAGGAGACGGCUAAUGACUUAAAUCUUGCUGAAUUUAUGCCCCAAGUGAAAGUGGAGCCAGUUGAAACUGUGGAAGGAUGCUCACAUGAGGUCGCUCUUCCUGCAGAAGACGAGUAUAAACCACUGAAACCAAGAGUUGGGAAAGCAGCUAAGGAAUAUCCGUUUAUACUUGAUCCCUUUCAGCGUGAGGCCAUUUUGUGCAUCGACAACAACCAGUCUGUGCUUGUGUCUGCACACACGUCUGCAGGCAAAACUGUGUGCGCUGAAUAUGCCAUAGCACUGGCUCUCAGAGAGAAGCAGAGAGUCAUCUUCACCAGCCCAAUCAAGGCCCUGUCCAACCAGAAGUACAGAGAGAUGUACGAAGAGUUCCAGGAUGUGGGGCUGAUGACCGGUGACGUCACCAUCAACCCUACUGCCUCCUGCCUCGUCAUGACAACAGAGAUUUUGAGGAGCAUGUUGUAUCGAGGCUCUGAGAUCAUGCGAGAAGUGGCGUGGGUCGUUUUUGAUGAGAUCCAUUAUAUGAGAGAUGCAGAGCGUGGCGUGGUUUGGGAAGAGACCAUCAUUCUUCUUCCUGACAAUGUGCACUACGUUUUCCUCUCUGCUACCAUUCCCAAUGCUCGACAGUUUGCGGAGUGGAUCUGCCAUUUACAUAAGCAGCCUUGCCAUGUGGUUUACACAGAAUACCGCCCCACUCCGCUGCAGCAUUACAUCUUUCCAGCAGGGGGAGAUGGACUCCAUCUGGUGGUUGAUGAGAAUGGGGACUUCAGAGAAGACAAUUUCAACACAGCCAUGCAGGUGCUGAGAGAUGCUGGGGAGUCUGGGGCCAGCAGUAGAGGCGGCAAGUGGGAUCGAGGACGGAAAGGAGGCACAAGAGGUCCAUCAAGUGUAUUUAAGAUAGUGAAGAUGAUUAUGGAGAGGAACUUCCAGCCAGUCAUCAUAUUCAGCUUCAGUAAGAAGGAAUGUGAGGCGUACGCUCUGCAGGUGGCCAAACUGGACUUCAAUAGCGAUGAUGAGAAGCGUCUCGUGGAAGAAGUGUUCAGCAACGCAGUGGAUUGUCUUUCAGAUGAGGACAAAAAACUGCCUCAGGUCGAGCAUGUGCUGCCACUGUUGAAGAGAGGGAUAGGAAUCCAUCAUGGAGGCCUCCUACCCAUCCUGAAAGAAACCAUAGAGAUUCUUUUCUCUGAGGGCUUGCUUAAGGCCUUGUUUGCUACAGAGACAUUUGCCAUGGGAAUUAACAUGCCGGCUCGGACUGUGCUCUUCACCAGCGCACGCAAAUUUGAUGGCAAGAGUCACCGCUUUAUUACGUCAGGUGAAUACAUCCAGAUGUCUGGCCGUGCUGGGAGGAGAGGAAUGGAUGAUAGGGGAAUCGUUAUUUUCAUGGUGGAUGAGAAGAUGAGUCCAGCUGUGGGGAAACAGCUACUGAAGGGCUCAGCAGACCCGUUAAACAGUGCCUUCCACCUGACCUACAACAUGGUGCUCAACCUGCUGCGUGUGGAAGAGAUCAACCCAGAAUACAUGCUUGAGAAGUCGUUUUACCAGUUCCAACACUACAGGGCUCUGCCUGGUGUCGUUGAGAAAAUUAAGAAAUUGGAGGAGCAGUACCACACUAUUGAAAUUCCUAAUGAAGAGAGUGUGGUCACUUACUUUAAGAUCAGGCAGCAGCUGGCCAAACUGGGUAAAGAAAUCCAGGAGUUCAUCCACAAACCCAAGUACUGCCUGCCGUUCCUGCAGCCUGGGCGACUUGUCAAGGUGAAAAAUGAGGAUGUUGACUUUGGCUGGGGAGUCGUUGUAAACUUUUGCAAGAAGACUAACGUAAAAACCAGCAUGGACUCGGAGCCUCUGUAUGUGGUGGAGGUUUUGCUUCACUGUAGUAAGGAAAGUGUAAAAGAUGCAGCAACAGAAGCUGCCAGACCUGCAGCUUCAGGGGAGACUGGAGAAAUGCAGGUGGUUCCAGUGAUGCUCCACCUCUUAACUUCAAUCAGCUCUGUUCGUCUUUAUAUCCCUAAAGACCUGAGACCGUUCGACAACAGACAGCUCAUGCUCAAAUCCAUUCAGGAGGUGCAGAAACGUUUCCCAGAUGGUGUUCCUUUACUCGACCCCAUCGAUGACAUGGGCAUCAAAGACCCGGCGCUGAAGAAAGUGAUUCAGAAAGUGGAGGCCUUCGAGCACCGGAUGUACACCCACUCCCUCCACAGUGACCCCAAUUUGGAGUCUGUCUAUUCUCUCUGUGAGAAGAAAGCUCUGAUCGCGGCAGAUGUUCGAACGGCCAAACGAGACCUGAAGAAAGCUCGAACCGUCCUGCAGAUGGAUGAGCUGAAAUGCCGGAAGAGAGUUCUCCGAAGACUCGGCUUUGCCAGUCUUUCUGACGUCAUCGAGAUGAAAGGGCGGGUCGCCUGUGAAAUCAGCAGUGGUGACGAGCUCCUGCUGACAGAGAUGGUGUUCAACGGCCUCUUCAACGACCUGACGGCUGAACAAGCCACCGCCCUCUUGUCCUGCUUCGUCUUCCAGGAGAACGCCAACGAGAUGCCGAAGCUAACGGAACAACUGGCUGCUCCCCUCAGACAGAUGCAGGAGUGUGCCAAGCGCAUUGCCAAAGUGUCUGCAGACGCCAAGCUGGAGGUGGAUGAAGACUCUUAUCUGAGCCAGUUCAAGCCCCACCUGAUGGACGUGAUCUACGCCUGGGCUAACGGGGCCACGUUUGCUCAAAUCUGCAAAAUGACGGACGUCUUCGAGGGAAGCAUUAUCCGCUGCAUGCGCCGUCUGGAGGAAGUGCUGCGACAGAUGUGCUCCGCAGCCAAAGCCAUCGGUAACACUGAGCUGGAGAACAAGUUUGCAGAAGGAAUAACGAAGAUCAAGAGAGACAUCGUCUUUGCUGCCAGUCUGUAUUUAUAGACCGUGACCAUCUCCAGAUUUGCUUCUUGCUCUAAUCCACACAUCAACAUCACACUGUUUAGUUCCAAUUUAAUUAGUUUUUUUACACAAAUGUUAUGGAUCAGAAUACAUUAAUAGUUGGAGCUUUUGUUCAGCUCCGUUUACAACGGGUGCACAACACAAAC